AUGGGAUGUGCAAAAAGUACGCAAAAUGGAGGAAGAGGAGGAGGAGGCGGGAGCGGAGAUUUAAAAGGAGAUGAAAAACCGCCGCCACAAACGGAUCCGAGAUUACCACUCACGGCAAAACAAAAAUACAAUUUGGUAGCUUCCUGGAAGGGAAUAUCCAGAGCUAUGGAACCCACGGGUAUCACAAUGUUCAUAAAGAAGCAAAAGAAAUUUUUUCCUUCGUUUGUUUGUUUGUUUGUUUGUUGGUUAUUAUCACUUUGGCUCUGUUAA